CCAUCUGUGCGCCUCCAUCCGCGCGGUCACAAACGUGCGGCGAUCGCUUGAAAUUAGGGAUCCCCCAAAGUACACGCGCAUGCGCAAGGACGCAAUUUUUUUCCUCGGACAGCGGCCUGCCAGCCAGUCGUCCGUCUGUCGAGGCUGUGUUGAGGAUGAUGUCUGUUGUGCGCGAGGGCCGACGACGACGACGUUUCGCAGCACGGCGGGGCCCGUCGACGAUGUCUUGUCCACGCAGUGCCGCGAGAUACAUCGUGUCCGCGUAACGCGAGCCAAGGAGAAGAAAACGUGACGAAAGAUAGACCGCGGCACACCAACAACAACAACACAUCUCUCGACAAAGUCCAUGCGUUCCUUAUAGCCAUGGCUUCAGUGAAGGUAGCCGUGAGAGUUCGUCCCUUUAACAAAAGGGAGUUGGCGAUGAAUGCAAAGAUGAUCGUGCAGAUGGAUGGCAAGAAAACGCGGAUUUUCAACACCAAGACACCGGGUAGCUGCAGAGAAAUCGACAGGGAGAAAUACAAAGACUUCACGUUCGAUCAUUCUUAUUGGUCCUUCGACACGAACGACGACAACUAUGCGUCCCAGGAAGAGGUUUUCUACGAUCUUGGUACGGACGUAAUAGAAAGUGCCUUCGAGGGCUACAAUGCCUGCGUCUUUGCCUACGGCCAGACAGGGUCUGGGAAGACCUUUACUAUGAUGGGCACACCGGAAGCUCAAGGAUUGAUACCGCGGAUUUGUAAGACGUUGUUCGCCAGAAUGGCAGCUGGUAAAGAGAGCGGAGCGUCGUAUAGAACCGAGGUGUCCUUCUUGGAAAUACACAAUGAGAGAGUGAGGGACCUGCUGAGACUGGACCAGUCACAGUCUCAUUCUCUCCGUGUGCGGGAACAUCCUAAACGAGGGCCAUAUGUUCAAGACCUGUCGAGCCACCUCGUGUACGAUUAUUCAGACAUUCAGGAAUGCAUGGUGAGAGGUAAUACGCACAGAACUACGGCGAGCACAAACAUGAACGAUGUGAGCAGCAGGAGCCACGCGAUUUUUACCAUCACGUUCGUGCAAGCUGGUCUAUCCGAGGGCAACAUGCCGUCGGAAACCGUCUCCAAGGUGCAUCUUGUCGACUUGGCCGGAAGCGAGCGUGCGAAUGCAACGGGUGCGACAGGCCAACGACUGAAAGAGGGUGCGCACAUCAAUAAGUCACUGGUAACUUUAGGUUCUGUGAUAUCGGCGCUCGCGGAACUAAGUUCCACAGGCGACGCGUCUUCCUCCUCUAAGCGUAAUGUCUUCAUACCUUAUCGAGACAGUGUGCUGACGUGGUUGCUAAAGGACUCGCUUGGAGGUAACUCCAAGACGAUUAUGAUCGCUGCUAUCAGCCCGGCCGAUUGCAAUUACGGCGAGACUCUCAGUACGCUCAGGUACGCUAACCGAGCGAAGAAUAUCAUUAACAAGCCCACCAUCAACGAAGAUCCGAACGUGAAGUUAAUCAGGGAACUCAGGGAAGAAAUACAAAAGUUGAAGUCUCUUAUUGAAAAGGAUAUCAGCGUUGAAAGACCGCCGCAAGUGCUGUUGGCUCAGAUUCACGAGAAACAAGAGCAAGAGAAAGUAUUGACGGAAGAGUGGACGGAAAAGUGGCGAGAAACGCAGCAAAUUCUUCAAGAGCAGAAAGCGUUGGGUCUUCGAAAAAGCGGCGUUGGCGUGGUCCUAGACUCGGAGAUGCCGCAUUUAGUGGGAAUCGAUGAUGACCUUCUUAGCACCGGUGUUACGCUCUAUCACCUGAAAGAGGGUAGAACGUUAGUGGGAACGGAAGAAGCACCGACCACGCAGGAUAUUGUAUUGACUGGCGCGGACGUCGAGCCAGAACAUUGUGUGGUGGAGCUGGACGGUGGCGUGGCAACCCUUCAUCCCCUUUCUUCCCACUGCUGGAUCAACACCGCCCAAGUAGAUAAGCCAACGCGGCUCUCGCAGGGCUGUAUUAUUCUUCUCGGCCGGAACAAUAUGUUCCGAUAUAACGAUCCAGCUGAAGCGGCGAAACUAAGAAAGGAAGGUGGAAUGGGUAAUGGUAACUUACAAUCCACGGUCGUCAAUCUUUCAAGACUGUCGCUCUUGAGCUGGAGUGUCUCGGAUUUGCAUGCCUCGUCCUCUAGCGAUAAUCUUUUAAACUCGAGUGAAGAUCUCCGAGCGCUCGAAGAACUGGAGCAGCAGAAGGCUGCCCUUAUCAAGGAGAAAGAAGACUUCAAGAGGGAGCAGGAAGAACGAGAAGAGAGAUGGGCUGCGAGAAGAGAGGCACUGGAGGGAGCGCAACGCGAAUUGGAACGCGAAUGGGGCGCCCAAUGGAAAGAAUGGGCGGACGCGAUAGCUACUUUGGAAUCUCGGCAGCGCGAGUUACGUACGCGACGUCACAUCCUGGAGCAAGAACGGCGGGACGAAAUGACGCAAGUAGAAAAUUUAUGUAGGGAAGUUGCCUCUCUGCGCACGACAUUGCAGUCCAAGCAUCGUCAGUUCCAAGAGUUCAUGAGCAAUCACGAACGCGCUCAAAGAUUUCAUCAAUGGUGGGAGAAGACGGACGACGGCGCUGGCAGUGACGGCAGCUUGCCAGAAUCCUGGUCGAGCUUAAACGAUGAUAAAUGUGUUGACGCGGUGAGAGAGCUCGUUAAUCACCAUAAAAAAGAGCUGGCUGUCCUGGAAACUGAGUUGCAGAACAAGGUGAAGUCCCUCAACGAACACCAGUGCAAGGUGGACAAGAUGGAGGAGGAGUUGAUGGAGAUAGCUAAAAAGCAAAAACACAUGCUCAAUCUGGAGGUCGAGGAAGAAGGAAACACAGAGAAGAAGUUGUUGCUGGCGAAACGUAGCCAGGAGCAGCUGCAGGAGAUCCUGAGGAGAAAGCAGAAUCUCUCGUUAAAUUUGAAGCGUGCGUUGCCUGCGUUUCCAGGCGAUCGUUCCUUGAGCGGCGACGACGCUCUUCACAACGGAGACACUCAGUCGUUUCAGGACGGAUGCAACAGAAAGCUUCAGAUAGCUUCCGCCUUGAGCCUACUGCCACAAAACGUUCCAAGUUCCAUCGACACGACGGACACUUUUCACACGGCGGCGGCCGACUCGCCAGUGCCUCGGAUCCCGUUCGAAGAUUUCGACACGAAAGAGUCGCAGACGUCACCGUCGAAACAAAAUGAACCUGACAAACAACAAAAACCCUCUCCGGAGGUUCACUUGGAGAACGACCGGGCCAAACUGCGCGAAGCAGCGGAGAGCAGAAGUUUGUUGAACUUAAACGGGGAACCUUCAGUAGAUACGAUCGCCAUCGUCGAGUCAGGAAAGUGUAAUGGCAGCGCCAGCGGUGAGAAAGAAACCGAGACAAAGUCCCCGACGAAUUCCGUUGCGGAGGACUCCACGGAUAUUCCGGAGGACUCGUUGGAAUCGCCAGUGCAACGAAAUCCAGCGAUGAAACGAUUGAACCAAAGAAUCGCCCGUCAACGAAUGAUGGUGAUGAGGUGCCUGGAGGCCAGCACACCAUCGAAGGAAGAUCUGAACAAGCAAAUCGUGAUCCUGCAGGAUCUUCAGAAGCAACAGAUCGAAUUGGAAGUGUCGUUGCUGGAGGAUGAACGAAAGAAUCUCAAGCAACAGUCUGCGUCGCAGUGUGGCUUGGAUGACAGAUUGGCGGCCGAUGAUAUUAUUACGGCGAAUGACAUUGCACAAACUGUAGAAACGUCGUGUCGUGACGUACACCCCACGACGAAUUCGGCAACGUUGUUGACCGUAGCCACAACACGAUCUCCGAUUCUCAGGAACCACAGGCCUAAUAAUACCAACGGCGAGGAAAGUUUAUCAGAAUCUGUUGCGCCCCGAGUAUCAUCCGGCAGAGGAUAUUCAACGGUGUAUUUAACGAGUCAAAAUAGAGGUGAUCGUUUGAGUAGUCCGUAUUCCCUGACAAUCACAAGGUCUUUGCCGUCUUUGAUAGCAAACGACGCGGAUCACGACAGUGUGAUCAACGUAAUCGUCAGUAUACCCUCUUACGUGAUACGCGGAGCUGGUACGUCCAGUCAUUACGAAUACGAGGUACGUGUUGUGGCGCAGGACGAUAGUUGGACGCUUUUACGUAGAUACAGACGAUUUCGAGAAUUGUAUAUUUCUAUGCGACAAAAGUAUGGUAGUAAGGUAGCAGCAAUACGCUUUCCACCACGACAAGUUUUCCCAAGAUACGAGGUUGUGGCUCGACAACGUAGGAAACGACUAGAGGAGUAUUUACGACGGCUGAUUCAGGUCUGCUCGGAAUUGCCGCACUGCGAGCCUCUCUACAAGUACAACGGCAACUUAAGUAACAUAGAUAAGCAAUCGUUGCUGGAAUUUAGUUCGUUCUUCAGACGUGGAACGUUUGAAAGCAGCAAAUACGGAACGAGUUAAAUAAUUUAAAAAAAAAGAGAGAGAGAGAGAGAGAGAAAAGCACACGCGAUUCUUCGAGGAUAGAAGAAUGAACAAAUUCGAGUAGACGCAUAGGAAAUAUUAAUUCGUUGUGUAUUUUUUAUAUCGACGAACUGGAGAAAAGCUGAAGUGGGAAAAAUAUUAGCAAAGUAUAGUUAGUACUUUUUGCGAUGAUCAUUAUGUAUUUACCAAAAUAUGUUUCCAAAAGUUUAUUGUUUAUACGACUGAUAUAUAUAUAUAUCGCAUAUUUAAUAUUUGUUUUAUUUUUAGCACUAGUAAAAUAAAAUAAAAAAUAAUAUUGUAAAAUUUCUAUUUAAUGAAAAGCAAAGAUCUGAAACGUGUCUUAAAGUUAAUAAAUUCCGGUGAAGAUUACACAUUAUGAAGAUGACGUCGCUAAAAUUAUAUUGUUCGAUUACAAUUGUUACGGGGUUGCGAAUAUUUUUCUAAUGUUUUUCUCCCGUUUGGAGCUUCGAAAUUUUCCGAGUGUACAUUUCUCGCUUCUCGAAUGAAAAUUGUUAAUUUUAUCGAAGUCUGAAACCGCGUCUAUCGCUAGUAACGUAUGUAGUUAGACAAGUAUUGUUACAAGAUAUACGCACGAUAUAAAAGGAUAAUUUGUUGUGCGCACAAACCACACACGGUGACCAUCGGGCGUUUAUGCUCGUGAUAAUAAUUAGAUUUCAUAAAUGAUCGCGUUUAUUUUUUCGUCGAACAGCGUCUUUUACACAUCGUCGUGACUGAAAAAUCGACUGGAUAUUAAAAGAGAAAAAGAGAGAGAAAAAUAAAGAAGAAAAAAAUAACGAACUUCCUCUUAGCAUGUAGUUACAAACUUAUUGAAUUAUAUGAUAGUUUUACGAAGUGCAAAUGAUAUCAUAUCGCUGUUGAAGUUCUUCCGGUUCCGGGGAUUUAUAUAUAAUAUAUAUUGUAUAUGUAUACACUGCGUUUCGCUGCGAAGUUUGUAAAGAAGAAAAUGAAGAAAAAAAAAAACUAAUGAAAAGGAACAGCGACGUUAAAGUUGGAAUCGUUAUGCAAUGCUUUAUGGCAAUGAGAGAAUUGUUAGUAAAUGCUAACUUUGAUAUUAUCGACUAUUCUCGGCAAAAUGUUUAUCCGCUAUAUUUAUGAAACUGCUUCUCGAUAAAAGAAAAGAAAAAAGAAAAAAAAGAAAGAAAACAUAUACGCUUCUCACGCCCAAGAAUCUCUCUAUUAUUGUAAGAAUAAUAUA